UUAGUGUAAUGGAAGUUUUCUUCACCAGAGCAGUGGGCUGGGUGGUGGCAAUGUCUGUUUCCCCAUGACCUUUUUUUAUAUACGAAAUUCUCAUUUCAUUUUACAUUUCGGAGGAGACUGAAAGUUCAACAUUUGGCACUAUGUGUGAAUCUCAGAAUUCGUAGAGAAGAUAAAUACAUAUCCAGCAAUGGAAAAUCGAGCAAGAACGUCCACAGAGAGAGAAGAAAAAAAAAAGAGGCUUGAGAGUUCAUCAAAUGACAAAGUGGAAAGUCCUAUUCAUCGUCUGCUAUGAGCAGCCUUUCAAUACGUCUACUUUGCUGAGAAACUUCCUGUUGUGUUAACAAGUGCGAGAUCUGUAGGAACAAAGUCGUAACACAGUACGGAGAGAAAAUAAUCAAACGAAGAAGAAGGGAAAUGUUACAGGCUCCGAAGGAGGUAUGAGGACCAAGGCUGAAGUAAAUGUAAGAAGUAAAUUAGCCGAAAAUGAAACGAGAAUUUGCAGGAAGCAAUGUUACCUUGGACUCUAAUGCUACAAUGAUGGCUUCUUUUAACUCCUCGACUGAUUUACAACAAUGCCAUCCACCCUAUGAUGAUAGCGCCAUUUUUGUCAUUAUACUUUAUAGUAUUGUCCUAGUCAUUGGAGUUCCGGCUAACAUUUUGACCUUGUGGCUGACAUUUUUACAAAUAUGGCGUAAAAACGUGCUGGCUGUGUACCUGUUCAGUCUUUCCCUGAGUGAACUCAUGUACCUCGGGACAAUACCACUUUGGAUUAUCUAUGUAAAAAACAACCAUAUGUGGCAAUGGGGAGCAAUGGCUUGCAAAAUUACAGGAUAUAUUUUUUUCAACAACAUAUAUAUUAGUAUUUUGCUUUUGUGUUGCAUUUCUGUGGAUCGCUACUUGGCCGUGGAAUAUGCCCUAGAGUCCAGGGGGGUCAGGAGACAAAAAAUUGCUAUACUGGUCACUGUGGUUCUUUGCUGCUUGGUGGCACUUAUCCAUUCCCCAGUCUUUAUUAUCAGUGAUGGUGAGCAAACGGAUGGCCAAACCACUUGUUUUGAAACCUUGCCUAUACCGUCACACAUCGCUCAUUUCUAUGUUGCUAGGUUCAUCAUUGGAUUUUUAGUUCCUCUAGCAACGCUGAUUUUUACCAACUCUGUGAUAAAAAAGAGGAUCGAGACAAGUUGUAGUUUUACCAAUCAGCAGAAGACCAAAGUCAAGUAUCUAGCUAUAACCAUCAUAAUUAUAUUCAUGAUCUGCUUCGCUCCUUAUCACUUUGUGUUGCUCACCCGGGGUAUUGCUUACUACUUAAAAGAGAAUUCAGAAAACUUCUGUGAUUUUGAAGAGGAGAUAUACACGGCCUAUUCUAUAUUUCUUUGCCUGGUCACGGUAAAUAGUGUGGCAGAUCCUUUCAUCUAUGUAUUGGUUAGUGAAAAUGUAAGGAAAGAUUUCUGUAGAGCCAUGAAGGGCUGGAGAAGACAACUGUCCAUCAAUAACAGUACCUUUCCACAUACCCACAAUUCUAGAGAUAUACACGUGGACAAAGAGUAUUCUUCACAAAGUGGAUAUGGGAUAACAGAUAUACUGCAGGACAGAGACUGAUCCAAUGGUGGACUGUUGAAAAAUACAAAAUAAUUGUGAUGCUCAUAAUUUUUAUUUUAUUUAUGUUAUUUAUUUUUUCAGCAAAUAUGUAAAUAUCCAUCACUGCUCGUUUUCCUUACACAAUUCACCUUUAAUAAAUUCCAAGUGAAAGAAUUCUAAGGUCUGAUAGAUGACUUAUUUUUAAGGUGUGUAUAUGAACCUGGAAAAUUGUAUCUUGAUGUGACAGUGUAUUAAAGGGGUACUCCGGCGCUAAGACAUCUUAUCCCCUAUCCAAAGCAUAGGGAAUAAGAUGUCUG